AUGGCGUUCUUCAGAAGUGGCCUGUUGUGGGCAAUCAUGUUUUUAACAAUAUAUGGAGUCUGGGCGGCCACUUCUACUUCUGAUACGAUCAUCAAGCCCUGUAAUGAUUCCUUAGAUAGAAACUUUUGCAUUUCAUCAUUGUCUAAAUCUCCCGGGGCUUUGCAGGCAGAUUUAGCCCAACUUUCUAUUAUUGCAGUCCAUUUGUGCAUUGAAGAGGUGAAACCAGUUUAUGAUUUCAUUGUUCACCUCCGAGAAAGAAAUCCCAAUGUUUCUGGUCUUACAGACUGCGUGGAGCUCUUGGAAGAUACAAAGGAUGAACUUCAUGACUCAGAGUCAAAAUUAAGGCGAUUAUCUGAUGCCAAUUUUAAUGAAUAUGUAGCAGAUGUGAUGACAUGUCUGAGUGCUGGGGAGACUAAUCAAGAUACUUGUGUGACUGGGUUGCAAGAAACCCAUGCUUCUCAAACCUUGCUUUCCGCAGUUAAGGCUAAGACAGAUUAUCUUAGCUUGUUGAUUGGUGAUGCUCUAGUUGUCGUUAACAAAAUUGCAGACCAGGGACAUAUUUGA